UGCAAGUGAAAAUGUCAUUGCUAAAUCACUUGAGUUGUCAUCUCAUUUUGAUACUUUCUUUAUUGACUGGAGCAGAUAGUGCUGAUGACUAUUACAUGAGACGGUCAAGAUGCAUCUACAGCUCUCCUGAUUACAGUGACAUGGCGUAUAUUGACAGCUUUUACUUAAAUAAAUUUAUAUUCACACAGUUCAACAGUACUUUGAAUAAGUUUGUGGGGUUUAGUGAAAUUGGAAUGGGAAUUGCUGAGCAAUGGAACAAUAACUCCUUUGUGCUAACAGAGAGAAAUGGUGUUAAUUUAUGCAAAAUCAUUAUUAAGUCUGAGGACAAACCUGAACAUGUUAAAGUAGUGAAACCGGAGGUUAAGCUCAGUUCAGUGACACGGGCUGGUGGCAGACAUCCAGCAGUGUUGAUGUGUAGUGCAUAUGAAUUUUAUCCUCCACACAUCAAAGUGUCCUGGCUAAGAGAUGAUAAACUGAUGACCUCUGAAGUGACCUCAACAAUGGAGCUGGCUGAUGGAGACUGGUUCUACCAGAUCCACUCUGAGCUGGAGUACACCCCCAAAUCUGGAGAGAAGAUCUCCUGUAUGGUUGAGCAUGCCAGCUUCAAUAAACCCAUAAUUUAUGACUGGGAUCCAUCUCUCACUGAGUCUGAGAGGAAUAAAAUCGCUGUUGGAGCUUCUUGUCUGGUGCUGGGAAUGAUCAUAGCAGCUGCUGGACUCAUUUACUACAAGAAGAAAUUAGCAGGAAGGAUCCUAGUACCUCAUUAAUGAUGAUAGAUUUCUCACUAAACUUUGAUAGCUCACUUGUCAAACUCAGUCACUUGAUCAAUAAAUAUACAUAUUUUAGGUCUUCAUUAUGACUAAGGGGACUAAUAAUGAAUAACGGACUAUGUGUGACAUUAGCUUUGUGACAUGAUCAUGACUUACUAGUACACGGUUAUGUAUGUGGGUCCUGGGGACCCACCGCUCUGCACAUUUUCUAUGUCUCUCUUAUCUGACACACUCAGGGUAUGUUUACACGACAACAAUGUAGUAAAAACGGAAAAGUUUUUCCUUUGCCUUUUUGAACAACGUUGAUCCAUGAAAAUAAUUUAAAAUGCUGUUAUGCAUGCCAGACCAGUGGUUAGCAAUGUCACUUUGAAAAAACAAACAAACAAAAAACACUACGUUCCUGUGCACAUAUGCAUUCUUCUACAGAGCAGUGAAUACAAACAAUCAAGAUGCAUGCACAUGACGUCACCAUUUUCACGUCUUUGUAGAUUAGAUUGAAAACCAUUGAUCCAGUUUACUAAACGCCACUUAAAACGAGUGUUCACAAGAUUUAAAGAUACAAACAUUUUAGAGACAGUAAAACAGAUGUUUUAUUCAUUACUGUGUACAGAAUUUUCAAAACUCAAAUAUGUUGUUUCAAUCCAACCCAAGUAGAUCUGAGAAAGCAGUGGCUGGUAAACAAACAAGAUUAUUUCAUCACAGGGAGUCAGUGAUCUAAACCAGUCAACGAAAUGCUGCAGUGUGUGUGAGACCUGAUAAAUAAGUCAGGGAGAACCUUUUUUUAUUUAGCAUUAAAUGAUGGAAUAAUGACUGGAAUAAGCACCAACGCAUACAAGCAAAUAUAUUUUUAGCAGUCAAAUUCAUUUAUAAAUGAAAACUCAACAUGAAAACAAGAAUGUAAUAUAUUCAGUAUUUUAAAAACACUGUUAAUGAAACGACCAUCACUGGACUGCUGCAAGUUCUAAUUUUUAUUUAUAAUUCAGAAUCCAUAUUCGGAAAGAACUAUUAUAUAUGUACAUGAAAAAUUGAGCAGGUUCGAAAAUUAAAAUAAUGUUAAUGCAGAGAACAUUAUUCAAUGUUUUAAACAACUGACAACUGUAAAAAAGUCUGUCCGUAUGUAGGUGCGCUGAACACUGUACUGGAAACACCUGAGGCGUAAGUAGAACAUGGAAGUAGUUGUGCAAGUACUCCAUUUAUCCUUUGACACAGCUAUCAUAUACAAACCUAACUUCCAAUCCUUUAACUGAUGCUUGAUUUCUAAAAUGUAAAAUAAGAAAAAUAACAAUGAUAGGAAAUUGGAAUAUAGCACAAAAUCUGAUACUUUUUUUCUGUUAAGCAUUAUACGAAUAUAAGAUCAUAUUUGAGUAGCUAUAAGAUCUCAUUCAUCAUUGACAAUGAUGUAAAUGAUACUUGAUAUAUUGUUCUUGCUAAGUUCAUCUUUUGUAUUUGUACACAAUAAUGUACUGUUCGCUUUGAUUCUGAAUUGAAAGACACUACUACAAAGGUACACAUGCACAAUUACAGUUUGUUCAGUGUUGUUUAUUGUAUUAAGGUAUUACAUUAUGUUGUUGUAAUUGUUUAUGCAGUGUGUUUGCUUGUGAUUUGACCAAACCGAAAGGAUUGUUAUGAAGCUUUUUUUUUCCGGUUAUUAUUUCCAAGUGAAUGGAAGACCCCAAUAUAACAAUGUCUAUUCAAAUAUUUUGUUGACCAAUCUGUCAAGUAUUAUCUCAGGAGGAUGAGUGAGUUGUUGUGUUGAUGUGUUAUGUGAAUUGUACCAUAUUGUUUGGAUGGCUUUGUUGUAGCUGCUGUCUUUGAAUGAAAUCACUUCUCAAAGUCUUGUGAUUUUUGAUGCCAGAAUUAGACUUUAUUCUUCAAAGAAAUAAAGCCAAUCAAGCAUC